AAUUUUGUCACUAUAGUUACGAGUUAUAUAUACUCUUGUUACAUUGUUGACGUGCACAUUUAUUUUUUACUUUCUCACAAUAGCUCACGAAAAUUUUUUUCAAUUCAAUAAAUUUAAUUAAUAUUUUCAUUUAAAUAAUAAUAAGAAUAAUGCAGGAAAAAGAUGAUAGUGCGUGGGUUUUUGAUUCCUUAAUUGGUUUCUUACAAGGACCAAUUUGGUCAUCACCUUUAAUGACUUUUAUAGAAGAAAAUUCACUCAUUUUCGAACCUGAUACAGAAGACUGCAAAGAAUAUAGAGAAAUUUAUCAGGAAUAUAAAAAUUUAGUUGAUUUACUUCUUGGAUGUUAUAUGGAGGACAUUGGAAUAACUUCUGAACAAUUUGAAUUGGCUUGUGCAGUAAAUACAAAUACAAGAAUUCCAAUUCAAUUUCAACAAGUAUUAAUUCCUAAAAAUUUAAUUGCUAUUUUGCAGAAUUUAUUCGAACAAAUUUGGGCGGCGAAUGAAUUUGAAAUAUUUAAACGAAUGAUGAUUCAAAAAAAUUUAGAACUUCAACUUCAAGCACUUAAUAUGAUUGAGCAAAAAUAUGGUCUAACACCUGCGUCAUUAACCUGUGGCAAUGAUAAUUUUCCCGAUGACGAAAUUGUCAUGGAGCAAAUUCUCAACCGACGUGAUAACAAAGAAGAAACACAAGAAAAUUCAGUAACCGAAGAAGAAGAAGAAGAAGAAAAAGAAGAAAAAGUUCCAUUGAAAGCAGAACGAGAACGUUUAGCACAGAAAUAUAAUAAUGAACGUGCUCGAUUGGCAGAAGCUUUAAAAAAUCCAGAUAAUUCUUCUUCAUUAAAAACAAGUGAUUUCAAAAAAGAGAAUUUAUUUUUGGAAACAUUACCUGAAUCAUCAAUUGAUGAUGAGACAAAAAUUCCCGAAGAACAACAAUCUUCAGUCUCUUCAAAACUAGACGAAUCAUCUGAAACCAAACAAAUAGUGGAAAGAAUAAGAGAUGAGGAUAUAAAAAAACGGCAAAAUUACCUCAAGGCCCAACGUGAUAAAUUAGUAAUUUUAAAGAAAAAAGCACGAAAGGAGAGGCUCGAAAAAAAUUCAACUCGUCCAAGUUCUGCUCGUGUUGUCGCUGAGGCUGCAAUGAAAGGUGAAAAUGACCUGGAUCUUCCACAAUCAUCAGAGCCAUCAUCGAUACUUCAAUUACGAAAAGCUCUCGCUGCACGACUAAAAGCUGAAGUCGUCAAUAAAUAAAUUCAUAAAAAAAACCUAACAAACAAAAUAGGAGAAAAAAAUACGUUUCAAAAAGUAAGAAAAAUUUCUUUCAAUAUAAAUCUACAAAAGUUGAUACAAUUUUUUUUUCAAAAAUAAAAUUUUUCUAUUAUCAAAGCAAAAAAAAAAAAGAAUGCAAUAAUAAAAAAAUAUUUUCACAUUUGAAAAAAAAACUGUUUUUCUAUACAAAAUCUAUUCUAAUUGAAUUAAAAACACUUCUGAAUAAUCUUUAUAGUAUUAAGAAAAAUUAACUGUAAAAAUUGAAUUGCAAUAAAGAAAAACUAGAAUGAAAAUUUCUAUCACUUGCUUUUUUUAAAAAAUCUUUUGGUAAAAUAAUAAUUAUUUUUCUUUAAUCGUUUUAUCGUAUUUAAUGCUAAGAAAAUUGCCUUUACAGAAGUAUAAUUAAAAAUAUCAGUGGAUAUUGUUUCUCGCUCUCGCCUGUUAUUCGGUUUUUUUUUUUUUUUCCAAAAAGUAUCCAAAAAAAAAAAAAAAUUCCUGCUUGCACAUUGAUUUGUCUAGCUACAAUAAUAAAAACUUUGUACAGCUGUCCUUAUCUUCUGUCGAGAGAAUUUCUCCGAAAACAAAAAUUGCUUUCAUUUUUUGGUUUAUUUUUUUUUUCUAAUAUUUUUUUUCCAACAAUUUUAAAAUAGACAUUUAAAUAUAUAAAAAUCUACAUUUUACUUUCUCUCUCUCUCUCUCUCUCUCUCUCUCUCUCUCUCUCUCUCUCUCUCUCUCUCUCUCUCUCUCUCUCUCUCUCUCUUUCUCUCU